AUGAACAUCUUUAGGCUCGCCGGCGACAUGACUCAUCUCCUCAGCAUUCUCGUUCUCCUCCUCAAAAUCUACGCCACCAAAUCAUGUUCAGGGAUUUCUCGCAAGACGCAAGAGCUAUACGCAAUCGUGUUCUUGGCACGUUAUUUGGAUCUGUUCACGGACUUCAUUUCCGUGUACAAUACCUUUAUGAAGGUGGUGUUCAUUGCUAGUUCCUUAGCCAUUGUUUGGUGCAUGCGUGUUCAUCCUAUGGUCAGGAGAAGUUAUGAUAAAGAGAUUGAUACGUUUCGAUAUUAUUUUCUUGUUGCUGCUAGCUUUGUUUUGGCUCUCGUGUUGCACGAAAAAUUCACCUUUCAAGAGGUCUUCUGGGCAUUUUCAAUAUACUUAGAGGCAGUUGCAAUACUGCCCCAGCUGGUUAUGUUGCAACGAAGUGGGAAUGUUGACAAUUUGACGGGGCAAUAUGUAUUCUUUCUUGGUGCAUAUCGGGGAUUUUACAUUCUCAACUGGAUAUACCGCUAUUUGACUGAGCCACGUUUCACAAGAUGGAUAGCUUGUGUCUCAGGUGUUGUUCAGACGGCUUUGUAUGCUGAUUUCUUCUACUAUUAUUUCAUUAGUUGGAAGAACAAUUCCAAAUUAAAGUUGCCUGAAUGA